AGACCACAGGGAUCACAUUAAACACUGUACCUCGGGGAACAAAAUUGAGAAGGCUAAUUAGGACAGGUCACCACAGGGAACCGGAACGCGGGGAGGGGAGGAGGGGAGCCCGCAAUGUAAGAAACUCGGGCGUGGAGUAGUCAGGUCGACAAAGACACUGGCCAACAGUCCGCAGAGGUUCUGGACUCAGUCCACAGAGUUAGGGGCGUGCACUGUGGCAUUCCCUCGUGAUCUUGGAGACUCCGCUCUCCGGGAAGGAUCACGCACGAAAGAGGCGGACACUCCGUGUGUGCUGUGUCCACGUGUGCAAGCUCGCGAGGCAAGGGGGCGCGGAAGCCGUGACAAAGACGAACUUUGUGUCUUAGUGUGUUCCUCGCUCCAGCCGGGAGCAGCGGAUGUGUCUCAUGGGAAAGCCAGGACAAAAGUGACAAAGGUUGGGUGUCUGUUAUGAGGAGACGCGCCAAGGUGGCCACCAUGCGUCCGUGGGUGCGUGCGAUAACUGAGGGAUACAGCCUAGGGGUGUAUGGGACUGCACCCAGAGCAGCUUUCGGGAGAGAAAGGCGAGUCCAGAAAGUGAGUACGCGCAAGUGUGCGCGCGCCCGCGUGUGGGGGCGUGGCAGUAAACAGCAACAACCCACUCGUCAGUUUGGCCAGAAACUCGAAUCUCCCUUCCCAACCCAAAAGUGCACGGCGGCUGAGCCUGGAGGGACCCAGCUGAAGCCUGGCCUAGGAGCCAGGAUGGCCACCCAUAAAACCUUGCUGAUGUGCCUAGGACUGCCUCUCUUCUUCCCGGGAGCCUUGGCCCAGAAUCAUGCCCCACCUGGCUGUAGCCCAGACCUGGAUCCCCUCUACUACAACCUUUGUGACCGCUCGGGGGCCUGGGGCAUUGUCUUGGAGGCAGUGGCCGGGGCAGGCAUCAUCACGACCUUUGUGCUAACCAUUAUCCUCGUGGCUAGCCUUCCAUUCGUGCAGGACACUAAGAAGCGGAGUCUCCUGGGGACCCAGGUGUUCUUCCUGCUGGGCACCCUGGGCCUCUUCUGCCUCGUGUUUGCCUGCGUGGUGAAGCCGGACUUCUCGACCUGUGCCUCUCGACGGUUCCUCUUUGGGGUCCUGUUUGCCAUCUGCUUCUCCUGCAUGAUAGCCCACACCCUCUCCCUUAACUUCCUAGCUCGGAAGAACCAUGGGCCCCGAGGCUGGGUUAUCUUCACCGUGGCUCUGCUGCUCACCCUUGUGGAGGUCAUCAUUAACACCGAGUGGUUGAUUAUCACCCUAGUACGGGGAGGCGGCCAGGUUAGCACCCCGGGCAAUGGCAGCGCCGACUGGACCGUGACCUCUCCGUGUGCCAUCGCCAACAUGGACUUUGUCAUGGCCCUCAUUUACGUAAUGCUGCUGCUGCUGGCGGCCUUCCUAGGAGCCUGGCCCACCUUGUGUGGCCGCUUUAAGCGCUGGCGGAAGCACGGGGUCUUUGUGUUGCUCACCACGGCCACCUCCAUUGCCAUCUGGGUGGUGUGGAUUGUCAUGUACACCUACGGCAACAAGCAGCACCAUAGCCCCACCUGGGAUGACCCCACACUGGCCAUUGCGCUCGCUGCCAAUGCCUGGACUUUUGUCUUCUUCUAUGUCAUCCCUGAGGUCUCCCAAGUGACCAAACCCAGCCCAGAACAGAGCUACCAGGGGGACAUGUACCCGACCCGAGGGGUGGGCUACGAGACCAUCCUGAAGGAGCAGACGGGCCAGAGCAUGUUUGUGGAGAACAAGGCAUUUUCUAUGGAUGAACCAGCCUCAGCAAAGAGACCGGUGUCGCCUUACAGUGGCUACAAUGGUCAGCUGCUGACCAGCGUGUACCAGCCCACCGAGAUGGCCCUGAUGCACAAAGGCCCGUCUGAAGGUGCGUACGACGUCAUCCUCCCACGGGCCACCGCCAACAGCCAGGUGAUGGGCAGUGCCAACUCAACCCUGCGAGCUGAAGAUAUGUACAUGGUCCAGAGCCACCAGGUGGCCACGCCGCCGAAAGACGGCAAGAUCUCUCAGGAUCAGUCCCCGAAAAAUAAAACAAGAUGGUAGAUGCCCUCUUCCCUGGACCACACCUCAUCCGGAUCCCUCAUUGCUCUGCAUCCAGCUGAGCAGGGCCCAGCCGCUUUCCCAUCUUUGUCCUUGGAGCUGGGAGGGACCAGAGGCCACCAAUUUGAAGCAGUGGUCUGAGUGGGGACCUUGGGAUAGGCCUGAAGCAUGUGACUGGUUGCUCAUAGGGCCACAUAUCCCUUUGCCCAUCCCAGCUUCCUGGUACCCAAGAAACUGCAGCUACCAGGAGUUAACUGUUGACUCUCAUCUCCUGCCUUAGCACAUCGCCCAGGUCACAGAGUCUGUGUCCCUAUGUGGUUCUCCGGGUUAUUGUCCCACUGUGAACAUCAGUUGCGUGAUGGACCCUCUUGGCCGUGUUAGUAACCUGUUGCCCCUUCCUCUACUUAGGGCCUGCUGUACCUUCUAGACUUCCAGAAGGUCACCGGCUAGGUUGGUCAGGCUGUUUCUCAUGACCUGAGAGUCCCAGGUCUCAGCAGCUUUGAACAUGGACUGAGUCUCCUCUACCUUCAGUGGGUUGUGUCCCCUCACCAGGGCAGGACCAGUCUGCCUGUUCUGUUCUCCCCGCUGCCCAUCAUCAUGGAGAUGGCAAUAACACCUGUCCCACCUGGGGAAGCUUUUGUUGUCCAGCCCUGCCGCACAGAGAACCCACAUAAGACUUGAAGAGCCGGUGGGCCACGGUGGUGCCAGGGCUUUGUACCAUUUCUGUACCUCGGCUAAUCCCCUCGCUGAAUCUCCUCCAGUCUGCUUUUGGCUUCUGCACCAGCUCCCAGGGUAGCUCCUGGGACAGGUGCAGAUGUGGACGUCUCUGAAUUACCCGGCUCUCACACGUUCUGGAGGUACCUGCUUGGCUAUCAGGAGAUAAGUGGUUGGGGUCUGGGAGUGCCCUUCGGAGACAGUGGGUGGGAGUCAGGGCUGCAUUCUCAGGGUGAGUUGAACCUUUCCUGCGUCCGACUGGUGGGAUGGGUCCAGGACUUCAGGUUGCUUAUGGAACGAUGUCUACCUCAGCUUGGGCAGUGGACGCCCUUGGGACACCUAGACCUGCUCUACUGUUUUCAUCAUUAGAGGAGUGUCUUUGGCCUGAGGACGUGCACCAGAGGGACCCGAUGUCCACUCAGGUCAGAGAGGGCCAUUUUCAGGCUUGCAAGCUGCUGACACCGGUGGCUGAGACGGUGUCAUGGUACCGGACCCUGGAAUUGAGAUCUCCAGAGCAUCACCCUUCCUUCUACUCUUGGGUACCACACAGAGCCUCUUCUGGGGGCACCCCCUCUGUGUGCUAACCUGGCCCUUAGCCCAGCGCUGCUGAGCCUCAAGGUUGAGGUAAAGAUGAGUGGCUUCCUCGUGCUUAGUUCUCAUGCUGUUUCCCAGCAGCCUGUGCCUUUGAUCGUCGGGGGACAGGUUCUCACAGAGUAGGACCGUACCUGCAAAUGUGACUCUUCCUGCCUUGAGCUCUCUGCUGAGUGAGAAUGCGCAGUCCUUCUGCAAGGGAAAGGGGGGUCUCCAUUGCACCUCAUGCUGUUCUUGAUCUAGAGCCCCGAGAUCCGCCACAGUAAGCAAGGGACUAUUUUGCUGUCUCAAGCGAGUCCUUUAGGACUCAGAAAGCUCCAGAUCCCUAGGUGUGUCGCCUGUGGUGGCCGUGUUUAUAGUUCAAGUCCUGCCUGCAGCUCAAGCUGGGGAGGGAUGGGUUCCUGGAGGAUGCAGGCCUGCCAGGAUUUGGGAGUGUCAUGGUUACCCUGCGUCUUCUAGUUCCUGUUCAGUGGAGAAGUACUUUUUUUUUUUCUUUAAGGAGGGCUGGGGACCUCCCAAUUAACAGCUCUGUAUCUUACACAAGCCUUGAAUGGGGAGACAUCAAGUAGGUCCAGGCUUGAUCUAAGCUUCUCAUUUGCAGGCUACUAUCCCUUAAUAGAUGUCACACCGACACUGUUAAAUCCCGUAGUGGAUGUAAAGCGAGGCUCAACCUUGUAACUGCUCAAAAUUAAAUGACUGCCCUUUCUUUGUGAGGGGGUUACUGCCUCUGUU